AUGCGUAUGGACAAUGAAAGAGAAACGGUAGUGAACGGUAAGGAGAUUCAGAUAUCGAUAACUGGAUUUAUGGAGAAGAAUACUGGCAAGUUCAUGAAAGAACUCUGGACACUUCUUCUAAGCGCACAGAAUAAUUCAAGCGGUGUUCCUCAGCAGUUUUUAGAUGCCAGGGAAGCUGAAGCAAAGAGUAAAGAAGCUGCAGCAAAGAAGAGACAGGAUGAAGCAAUAGAAAAAGCAGACCAGUUAGCAAGUGAAUUAGGGAAGAAGAGGGAGAGGGAACAUAAGAACCGUCGUCCAGAGGAUGAGAAAAGGGCUGAUGAGAAGAAUGGCGUAAAAGAGAUGAUAUAUGAAGAUCCAGUGACUGGAGCUGAUUUUGAAAAGCAAACCCUCACAACAACCACAGGGAAGAAGUUAAAAUAUGGAUCACUAAUCAUUGCUACAGGGUGUACAGCCUCAAGAUUCCGUCUGAACGUGUAA